ACAGAAACACGUGAGCCAUAUGCUAUACGACAAUUAGCGCAAAGUAGGUCACUCUGUUGCCGUGCGUUUCCACCCGGACUGUAUACGUAGAUGGAAAGGAAGUCGGAACAACGUGUUUUAGUUUCUCUCGCGUUCUAAUGAAAAAAAUAAGUUUAUAAGAAUGGAUAACGUAACCGAAGGAAAGUGGGAAAGUUUACCCGUUAAGCUUAAUGACAACAUUUUGACGACACUCGACGAAUUGGGAUUCACACAUAUGACGCCUGUUCAGUCUGCCUGCAUUCCACUGUUCAUGAGCAAUAAAGACGUCGCUGCCGAAGCGGUGACGGGCAGUGGGAAGACACUGGCGUUUGUAAUCCCUAUACUAGAGAUUCUGUUAAAACGCGAGGACAAACUGAAGAAAAUGCAGGUUGGAGCGUUGGUCGUCACACCGACGCGUGAACUGGCCCUCCAGAUCAGCGAGGUGAUUGGUCUAUUUAUCCAGCGGUUCUCUCAGUUCAGGCAAAUACUUCUGAUAGGAGGCAGCAACCCCAUCGAUGAUGUGGAGAAGUUCAAAACACUUGGGGCCAACAUCGUGAUCGGCACUCCCGGUCGACUGGAGGACAUGUUCCGGAGAAAGGCGGACGGGUUGGACCUGGCUGGUAGCAUGAAGACCCUGGACGUGCUGGUUCUGGAUGAGGCUGAUCGGCUUCUCGACAUGGGCUUUGAAGCAAGUCUGAACUCCAUCCUGGACUCGCUGCCCAAGCAGAGGCGCACGGGGCUGUUCUCCGCCACGCAGACGCAGGAGCUGGAGAAGCUGGUGCGGGCGGGGCUACGCAACCCCGUGCGCAUCACCGUCAAGGAGAAGGGGGCGGCGGCCAGCAGCGCUCAGAGGACGCCCGCCAGACUCAACAACCACUACACGAUUUGCCGGGCGGAAGAGAAGUUCAACAGCUUGGUGGCCUUCCUCCGGCAGCACAAGCACGAGAAGCAGCUGGUCUUCUUCAGCACCUGCGCCUGUGUGGAGUACUACGGCCUGGCUCUGAAGGCCCUGGUCAAGAACGUCACAAUCCUCUGCAUCCACGGCAAAAUGAAGCACAAGCGCAACAAAAUCUUCUCCGAGUUUCGGGAGCUGAAGAGCGGCGUUUUGGUGUGCACUGACGUCAUGGCACGAGGCAUCGACAUCCCGGAGGUGCACUGGGUACUGCAGUACGAUCCUCCCAGCAACGCCUGUGCGUUUGUUCAUCGCUGUGGACGCACGGCACGCAUCGGUAACCAUGGCAGUGCCCUCGUCUUCCUGCUCCCCAUGGAGGAGUCCUACGUCAACUUCCUGUCCAUCAACCAGAAGUGUCCCCUGCAGCGGAUGGCUCCGGUCAGAGACGUGGUGGACGUCCUGCCCAAGGUGAAGGCGCUCUCGCUGCGCGACCGCGCCGUCUUCGAGAAGGGCAUGCGGGCCUUCGUCUCCUACAUCCAGGCGUACGCCAAGCACGAGUGCAGCCUCAUCUUCCGGGUCAAAGACUUGGAUUUCGCAGCUCUGGCCCGCAGCUUUGCCCUCCUCCGGAUGCCCAAAAUGCCAGAGUUACGGGGCAAGACCUUCCCCGGCUUUGCAGAGGAGACCGUGGACACCGACUCCAUCCGCUUCAAGGACAAGAACCGAGAGAGGCAGAGACGGAAGAGCCUUGCGGAGCGGAAGGAGAAGGAGAGCUCGGCGCCAGAGAGGAAGAACCUCCGUAAGAACAAGGCCUGGUCCAAACAGAAGAGCAAGAAGGACCGCCGGAAAAAGACAGCCUCCAAAAGAAGGCUAGAUGAGGGGUCGGACGUGGACGAGGAGGACGUGCGAGAGCUUCUCAGCGACACGCGGCUCCUGAAGAAGCUGAAGAGGAGGAAGAUCAGCGAGGAGGACUUCGAUAAGCAGCUGACGGCGGGACGGAGGCCCCGGGGCCGGGCGAGGGGGGCGUCGCCAGGGGCCGAUUCAGGGACGGGGGGCCAGGUGUGAGGCUCCCUGAACCCAGUUCCCACAUACAGGGACCUCUUAAAAUGGCCUCCCGGGAGUGGUUUCCCAGGACUUGUACACUGCCGCAGGCGUGCAGACCGUUUUGGCGAUGGACAGUGAGACAUUGCGAAAUACAAUAUCGGUGAAGCGAGCCAAUCAAUUACUCGUUAAAGGAGAAAGCCUUGAAUGACCGGAGUGACUGACAGCUCAUGAAUUUUGUUCUAAGGACAACGACCCACAGUCUAUGCAACAAAAGAACGUUUGUGAACGUUCUGCGAUUUCAGUUGAGCGACGUUCUGUGGCUGGACCAUUAUUUGGCCUUAACAAGCCCUGACUCCUGACCCCUAACCAUUCUAGUACACAUUUGAGAGUGUAUUGUGGAAUUGAUUAAGAAUAAUUAAAAGCAGAAGUUGGCCUGAAAUUCAGAACUGCACAUGAACCACCUUGCCCCUCCCCCUCUGCACGCCCCCACUCUGAAUCAAAACAAACCUGAAAUAAAACUUUCAUUGGACGUA